AUGACACUACAACUCAAAGACAGUUUCUGUGCGACAUUACUACCAAAGUACUCCAAACUCCCAGAAUACAAGGACCUACCAGCCAUGGACAACGAACAGCAUUCCCCAGCUCAAGCAACAGCACCUACAGUCCACAAAGUCAUCAUGUUCUGCAGACUGUCCCUCGUUACGCUUUGUGCCAUCGCACUCAUUGUUUUCGAAGUCGUGGACUACCAUGGACGUAAAUUAAUCGACACCGAGCUCGGAUCGAUUACGAAGAACGUCGCCACCACUCUUUGUCACGACUUAAUCAUGACCCUCUUGCAGGACUGGAUGAGGAUAAACGGAAUGGAGAUUAUGUGGAGUUUCCUCUCGCUCAUCGUGGGAGCUAUAAUGUCGAUUAGUCAGUAUUUCAUGCUGGCCAGAUAA